AUGGUAAAAAACCAAGCUCAUCAGUUUAUUACUUCGUGGGUUUGAAAUGGGCUUGGAUCCAGAACAGAAAGGUAAACAAGGUGACUUGACUCUUUUUUAUUCCAUAAGCAAGGAAUUUUGUAUAAUGGUAGUUUAUACAAGUUAACAAAAAGUCAGUAACUUGGUGGAGAAGGAGAAGAAACAUCAUAAAACCCAGAUUUCAGGGGUUCUAAUCUGUCACAAAGGAAAGCAAAUUUUCAUUUUUUUACAGAGCAAAUUAAGUAGAAAGAAAUAUGCAAUUACGUGGCUCCACUCUCUUCAGUGUCAUCACUAUCCUUCUCUUCACACUCUUCUCCUCUGUGCCUCAGGCAUAUGCAGCAGGAAAUUAUGAAGAUCAGAGCUUAAAGCCCUUGCCACCAUUUUCACAAGCUCUUGAGACACUACAGAAUCAAAUUGGCUAUACUUUCAAGAGCAUUGGUCUGCUCCGGCGUGCCAUGACCCAUUCCUCCUUCUCUGAGGAGAACAACAAGGCAUUAAGCAUUCUGGGCACCCAUGUCAUUGAGACAUCAGUUUCACUCCAUUCCCUUGUAAAAGAUAUUGAUAUGUCUCCGAAAGAACUCAACAACCUCAUAUUGGAGAUCACCAAAGUGGAUUCUUCCUGUGCUGUUGAUGGGACGCGUUUAGGGCUGCAAAAAGUGGUUAGAGUUUCUCGAAAGACUGCUCCUUCAAGCCCAACCAUAGUUUGUGGUGCAUUCCGAGCAAUAUUUGGUGCUAUUGCUCUCGAUUCUACGAACACUGAUGAAGCUGGAAAUAUCUUCUGGAGCAUUCAUAGUGGUAAGGCCCAAAGAGCUGUUUCAUUGUAAGUUAAGCUAUGUUAUCUGCUGUUAAAUGUAUCGGAGAUAGUUUAUCUUAAGGAUUUUAAAUAUUGUGGCACGAACAGUAAGUUGCCUAUAUGUCUGUUCAGUGUGUUAAAUGCAAUGUGGUUUGUCAACAACUUAACCUGAUAACAGAUUUGGUGAAUAUUAAGAGUAGAAAUUGCCAUUUCAGUGUGCA